AUGCGCGUCCCGUCUUCGCGCCUUUGCGCAAGCUCCGCCCGCUCACCCUUCCUCCUCUCCGCCUUCGCGAGGACAGCGACUCCCUAUCGCAGCCUGGCGAGCUCCGCCGCCGCCACCGAACCCGCUGCUCCUCCCUCGCCCCCCGUCCCGAGCGCCAAAGUCAACCCCCCGGCCUCGACGCGCCCGGCGCCCCUGGACCUCCCCGAGCGCAAGCCCGACUCCUCCACCAUCGGCCACCUCUUCCAGACGGGCAAGGCCUACAUCAAGUUCUACAAGACGGGCCUCAAGGCCGUCUUCUCCAACCGCCGUCUGAUACAGGAAACCAUCGCUGAGAAGAGCGCCUCCGUCGAGGGCUUUCGCUCGCCCUCCGUCUUCACGCCCGGCCUCAUCCCCAAGGGCUUCUCGCGCGCCGACUGGAUGCUCCUCUGGCGCGUGCGCCACGACAUCCUCCGCGUCCCGCUCUUCGGCCUGGUCCUCCUCGUCUGCGGGGAGUUCACGCCGCUCAUCGUCAUCUUCGUCGACGGCGUCGUGCCCUACACCUGUCGCCUGCCUCAGCAGAUCGACGCCAGCUUCAAGCAGGCCGAGGAGCGCCGUCAAAAGUCCUUUAUCGAGUUCGAGAAGGCGGCGCCCCAGGGCGUCGUGUCGGGCAUGGUGCAAGCGGCGGCCAAGAAGCAUGUGCUCCGCAGCCUGCACGUGCCCGGCAUGAUGUGGGAGAAGCUCGGCUUCUUCCCGCCGGGGCUUUGGGCGACCAAGGGCCGCCUGCGGAUGGCGUUCCUGGAGGGUGACGACAGGCUGCUGGCGCGCGACGGCGGCCCGGCCGGCCUGGAGGAGCUGGAGGUGCGCAUCGCGUGCGCCGAGCGCGGCAUCGACUGCAGAGGUCGCGGGGACGACGAGUUAAGGCAGCUGCUCGGCCAGUGGCUGCGUCUCGUUGAUGCGGAAGAGACCGAGGAGCGGAGGAAACGCAUGACGGUCUUGCUGACCACCAAGUAA